AAUAUUUAUAUUAAAUAGCGUUAUUUACUCUUUAUUUUUUGCUGACUGUGUAAAAUUAAACUUAAGAAAGAAUACAUGUCUGACAAAAUGAGUUCCGUGCAAAUACAUUAGCUAGAGCAACGAUAUUUGCGUAAAUUUGAAAUAGAAUUAGAAAAUUUAUAGCAAAUCUCAUAUCAAUUGACUGAAAUAACGUACAAAUAGUCACCAGAAUGGAAUUUGAUUCGGAUGAAAGCAGAAAGCCAUCAGAAAUCAGCUGUUCAAAGUCAUUAGGCAUAAGUAGAUCAAAUGAUCAUCGGAAUAAGAAAGCAAACAUUGGAGCACCUGUGAGUUCAGAAGAGUCAAACGAUUCAGCGUAUUACACAGGCGGUGCGGUGUCACCAUCUCCUCCAUUGGCUAGCCCAAAUCUUGAUACUAAAGACACGAAAGUUGCUGACACAGAUUCAGCGAAUCGACGACCAAAAAUGCAAUUCUAUGCAAAUAUUACCUGUGAUCCGCAAUAUAUUGGGCCGUGGCAACCCGUUACCUACAUAAAAAAAAGUACCAAUCCAAAAGCUGUUAUGAAUACGGCCGAGACAAUUGUCAUCAAUGACAGUGACGACGAUGACGAUGUAACUGAUGUCAAACAUUCAGUGGUACAAUCAAAAUUACCGGAUAUAGACGUAAUAAGUUUAAGUAGCGACGAAUCCGACGACGAUGAAAAUAGUGAACCAAUGGAAUACUACGUGGUCAAAUGUCUUGAUGGCACAAUUAAAACAAUUCCACAUCAAUACAUAGCAAAUGCAACCGAACCAGCGCCGACCCAUAAAUUGCAGAUGAAAACAAGAGUUAUUGCGCGCCGUCAACAGGGAAUGUUACCAUGUGCACGCAUUGGUGACGAAUACUGUCAACUUUAUAAAUGUGAUGAACGAGAUUUUUAUGCCGGUAUUAUCAGCAAUUACUCCUAUUUCGAGAAUGAUACAUGGCAUCAUUUGGUAUUUUUUGAUGAUGGGCACGUUCAAUACAUACCUGUACCAAAGAUUCGGCCCGUUUUUGCCAAAUACAGUCACAAACAUGUUCACAAAAAUGGACGAGAAUUUUACGAGUACUAUUUCAAAAGUCGAUUGGCUGAAAUCGUUGGCCAAGAAGGUGGUUAUAUUCGUUGUUUUUUGAACGGUGAAUUUGAAUUGGCCAACAUUGUUGAAUCGUGUCAAGAGAAACCGGGCGUUUUCUUGCUUCAUUUUGAGAAAUCAAGUUACGGCGAAUGGUUGUAUGUAGGUUCGCCCCGUUUGGAGCCGGUUUGGAAUGCAAUUAUCAGAAAUGAUAAGCUUAAACGAUUUUAUCAUGCGAACACAACAAUGAUUGAAGUUUCAUCAGAUAGCGAAGAAGAUGAAGAAUUUCUAUCGCCGAAAAAGUAUAAAAUGCCGAUAGAAGCAACAGAUUUGUCACAGGAAAUUGUUGUAUGCUCACCAAAGGAUCUCAUUAAAAAUUAUAAGCCAGGAAUAAAACUCGAUCGUCGACACAUCUGCAAUCGGAAAUGUGUAGAAGAAUAUGAAGAAGAUGCCAAAAUAUUCGAAUUCGAUCCAUUAAAACGUCCAUUGUUGGCCGGAUGGAAGCGGCCAACUACCGGUCUCUGUCAUUACGUUACGCCAUGCGGUAGACCAUUUAAUUCGAUUGAUGCCCUACACAAAUACUUGCUAACUACCAAAUCGAAGCUAACGAUCGAUUGUUUUACAUACUCUCCUUACAUCGAUGUCUUGACUGAAGUAAGAACCGCAAGUGAAAACAUGGAUUAUCUCAAUAAUUUGGUGUCUGGUGGCUGGAGAGAAAAUCGACCCAUACCCGUCGUAUCGAUAAGUAAAAAUAAGCCCGAUUUCGAUGAAUAUGUGACGCGAUACAUACGUAAUCCUCGAAGCAAAAAAGUACCCGCAAUAUUAAGUGAAGAUCAUAAUCCGUUUCUUAGUAGUUGCAAUUGUGAUGAUGACUGUUCGGAUAAAUCAAAUUGUUCGUGCUGGAAACUUACGCAAAAUAAUUCAAACACAAGCAUUGGCUACAACUUUAAACGCUUGGACAAUCGAAUCGCCACGGGCAUCUAUGAAUGCAAUUCGAAUUGUAAAUGUUCUAGCCGUUGUUUGAAUCGUGUUGUCAAAGCUCAAGUUGAACAAAAAUUGGAAUUGUACGAAACAAAGGAUCGCGGCUAUGGAAUUCGUUGCCAAACCGAUUUACCAAAGGGCACAUUUGUGGCUUGUUAUUUUGGCGAUUUACUACAUGGAAAAACUGCCGAUGAGCGUGCAAUGAAAAAGGUUGGAUCGAUUUACGGCGAUGAAUAUUUUAUGCAAUUGGACCAUAUUGAAGUUGCCGAACAGUAUAAAGAUGGUUACGAAUCAGACGUUGAAAUACCAGAGGACCUACUGGAAGUACCAGAUGAACUACUGGAAACACCACUAAAACGAAUGAAAUUGGACGACUCGAAGAAACGAUUUCAACGUUUUAAAUCAAAAGUGGUUCUUCCAUAUUUUCCGGACAUUCUGAAGAAAAGAGAAAAGACAGAGGACACACAACGAACAUCACUGUUUGGUGAAAAUGCCGUUGAAUUCGUGGUGGACGGUCGUUAUCGUGGGAACAUUAGCCGAUUCUUUAAUCACUCAUGUUCACCUAAUCUAUUUUCGCAAACGGUAUUCAUUGAUACUCAUGAUUUGCGAUUUCCAUGGCUCGCAUUUUUUACCGCGUUUGAUAUUAGGGCGGGUACUGAAUUGACAUGGGACUACAACUAUUUGGUUGGCAGCAUUGUUGGUCGUGAAAUGGAAUGCAAAUGUGGAGCACCAAAAUGCCGCAAACGAUUGCUUUAGAAUUAAGUACAAAAAAAAAUUUCCCACCAAACAUAAUACUGAAGAAGAAGAUAAGAAGAAGAUUACAUAUAUUUACAAUAUGACUGUUUUAUUUUUGUUGUUGAGCAAGAUGAAAACUGUACCUUAUUUAUUGGCUUUAUAUACACAACUGCCAAAGAGAAAAACGACUUUAUGAAUCGAAAUAAUUGAAU